AACACAGCAUGCAGGUAGACAGCAUAUAGCCUGAUCGGAGCACCGAUCUGCUCUGUUACAGUGUCUAUCUGCACUUGGACAAUGACGCCAACACUCCUAUUGUGGGUCCUCAUCCUAAAUGCUUCGCUCAAGCCCUCAGAAAUCCAUGCUCAUGAGUUUGAGGAGGUGAAGGACUAUGAAGUGGUUCGGCCUGUCAGACUUCACACGGUUAGAAAAAGACAUACUGAGAAUCUCAGGCCAGAGACUAUUAGGUAUGCAGUGACCGUGGGAGGGAGAGACAUUGAAAUGCAACUAGAAAAAAAUAAUGAAUUACUCACCAAAGACUACACUGAGACGUACUACAAAGAAGACGGAACUGAAGUCACCACGAGUCCUAAAGACAUUGAUCACUGCUACUAUCAUGGGAGCAUUGUGAAUGACAGUGAAUCGUCUGUUAGCAUCAGCACUUGUGAUGGACUCCGGGGAUACUUCAGAACAUCUGCUCAGAGGUACCUGAUUGAGCCCCUGUCUGGUGGCGAUGAGGGGGAUCAUGCAGUGAUGACUUUUAAUGAUGAAAACUUCAAACCUGCAGUGUGCGGCGUCACCAACACCAGCUGGAGUCCUGACUUUGAACCCCCAACAGGCCGCAGUCGAUCCAGAUCAGCUGGUUCAUCAAUUGUCCAGCAACAGAAAUACAUUGAGCUCUUCCUUGUUGCUGAUAAUCGUGAGUACAUAAAGAUAAAACGAGAUCUGACAGAGCUGAGGAAGAGGAUAUUUCAAAUUGUCAACUUUGUGAACAUGGCAUACAAGCCCCUGAGGACCUUCAUUGCUCUAGUAGGGCUGGAGAUCUGGACCAGUAGUGACCAAAUCUCUGUGACCCCGCCAGCCGGAGCCAACCUGGAUGCUUUCAUGAAGUGGAGAAACUCUAAUUUGGUGAAAAGAAAAAAGCAUGACAAUGCACACCUCAUCAGUGGUAUUGACUUUGAAGGAGCAACUGUGGGACUGGCUUUCAUUGGGACUCUCUGCUCAGAUCACUCUGUUGGAGUAGUACAGGAUCACAAUGACCGGGCCAUUGCAGUGGGAGCGACACUGGCUCAUGAGAUGGGUCAUAACCUGGGCAUGGACCACGAUGACUCGAGUGCCUGUGCUUGUUCUGGGGACAGCUGCAUUAUGGCUGCAGCACUCAGCUGGAACGUUCCUCGGACUUUCAGUAGCUGCAGCAGCAACAACUACGAGCGAUACCUGACAAGCCGCAGCCCGAGCUGCCUGCUGGAUAAACCAGACUACAACAGCGUGGUGGCUCCGCCAGUCUGCGGGAACGGCUUUGUGGAGAAAGGCGAGCUCUGUGACUGUGGGACAGUGGAGGAGUGCACCAACCCGUGCUGCAAUGCCACCACCUGCAUGCUGAGGGAGGGUGCACAGUGUGGUGAAGGAGAGUGCUGUGAGGACUGCAAGAUCUUGCCCCGGUCCAGGGAGUGCCGCAGGAAGCAGGACGAUUGUGAUCUGGCAGAGUACUGUGAUGGAGAGCGCACCACCUGCCCUGAGGACGUGUUUGCUGUGAACGGCCUCCCAUGUGAUGGAGGCGUGGGAUACUGCUACAACAGCCAGUGUCCACAGAGGCCAGACCAAUGUGUCAAACUUUAUGGUUCAUCUGCUAUAGAGGCUCGUGCAUACUGCUAUGACCAGAACAAGAGAGGAACCUACUACGCCUUCUGUAAACGUCCCGCAAAUGACCGCUUUAUCGCCUGCCAGCAGGAAGACGUGCUUUGUGGGAAACUCUUCUGCCACAAUGGUCAAGACAACCCAAACUACGGCCGCAUGGUCCGGUUUGGUGACUGCAAGGCCGCUUUCUUUGAUGACUACACCAAAGACUAUGGCCAGGUGGACCCUGGGACUAAAUGUGGAGAUGGAAAGGUGUGCAACCAGAAUGAAUGUGUGGAUCUGGAGAUAGCUUACAGGAAUACAAACUGUUCAGCAAAAUGUCCCGGCCAUGCUGUGUGUAAUCACAAGAGUGAGUGUCAGUGUGAGCCUGGUUGGAUGCCUCCUUUCUGCAAUUCAAAGGAUAGAACUUUCACUGCUCUUUCCUCUGGAGCAAUUGGUGCCAUUGUAGCGACAGUCCUGUUAGUGGUUUCAGGUGUCAUAGCUGGUGUGAUUGCGUUCAUCUGGAAAAAAAGACAAAGUCCCACAUUGCCAAUUGCACACACUCAAAGGAAGCAGCCAGCAGUGGACCGAUCAGCUCACAGCCUCAACAAAGUGCCUAGUCAACCAAUGCCAAUGGGACAGGCUGGAAAGGCAAAGCCCAAAGGACCUCCACCUCCACCACCUCCAGCAGGGAACAGACCUAAACCCCCGAGCCAGAACUACAUAGCUGCACGUCAGGCUCUGAGGCCAGUUCCUCCACCAAAGGUCUGACAGUGCCACCUACUGGUGAACCUGGGGAGACUGUUCCCAACGAGAGGCUGAUGAGAGGAACAGAGCGUUUUGUCAUGACUGUUUCCUCAGCAGCAUGUUUUACUGCAGGCCUGUGAGAAGCACUAAGAAGUGUUUGUACAAGUUGAUGUGGAGAGUGCAGGAGGGAACAACUGGACUUGAAAUGACUCGCCAUGUGCAGAGGACUUACAGGGAUUCACUUAAGGCACUUUUUGAAAUACUUUUAGGGUCAGUGCAAUCACAAAUUGUUCUGGUCCUGAAUGUGAGCCAUAUCAUUUUAUACAUGUUGUGUUAUUUUGUCUGACGGGAUUCAGUUGUGGGCAGUAGUUUCAUUCUUACUCUAAUGUUUUCAGUAUUUGCUUCAUAA